AUGACGAGAUACGUCACGCCUCUUUCCUUCGUCGGGCGCAAAACAACGCCAGAAGAAGCCUUGGCUACGCGCAACAGUCUUUCGGAAUGCAACGUCUACCAUGAAGGCGAACAAAAUCUAUGCAUCACCCCGUUUCUUGAUUUGAAGAAGGAAUUCGGAUUACGCAGCCGCUCACCGGGGAUUCGACCAGUCGAACAGCUAUUUCGUGCACACCCAAAGCUCUUCUUCCGUGACCCGCCACGCGUUCUGCGUGGAGGGAGAAGCAAAAAUGGGAAUCCGAUAUGCCUCAUACGUAGCUCUGCAUCUUGGCGAGAAUGGAUGCUGCAGUUCCGGGAUAAUCUCCGUGAUAUCGUCGAUCCCCGUGGCAUGGUCAGAUUAGAGCAUCGACGCAGACCGGAUAACAGUACCUCUGGUGAUGAUUGCACUUUUACGGGAGUAUGGGGUGAAAGUGGACGUGCCUAUCACAAGCUCACCAAUGCCCGACGCAAAGCACAAGAAGAAAAGCCUGGGCGGGAGUCGGCGAAUUUCAACCCUGUGGUCGCAGACGGAGCCUUGAAGCUUAGCUAUGAGAAAUAUGGCCGACUUCUCGUAUUCGACACUGCCCUCACUCGGUUGUUUGAUGAAGCGGGCAAUUCAUCUCUAAAGGGGUAUGAUAUUAUCAUGGAAACUUCUAUGUGUAUGAUCAUCGGGGCAUGGGAGAAGCGAAUGACCAUCUGGCUAAUCUUCAUGUUGAUCGUGACAGCUGGGAGGGUGUCGGAGCUGCAGGAGAUGGUUGUAGCUAGUGGUCUUUGA